CUGAGAGUAACGAGAACCGAAACAAUGAAUGGAUGUUUGGAUGACUGGUGUCAGCCGAAUAUUUUCAUUUAUCGGGGGUUUUCUUGUUUGUGUUUUUUGUUGUUGUGGUUUUGGGGGUGUGAAUUUGUUAAGUUCAGUGAGAUCUUGCUCUGUGAUAUAAUAGAGACAGAUGGAUGUAUUUUAUGUUCAUUCACUGCCCUUUCCUCGUAAGGACAAGGUCUGCUAAGAGUCGCUCUCGACUAAUUUCUUACAACAUCUCGUGGAUUGUCAACAACUUUAUACUCAUCAUGAGUCGCAGUGGUCGAAGUGGCAGUUCCUUCAUGUCCGAAGGUAACAAGAAACAAGACGAGGUCGUCGUGAAGAACGUCGACAUGGCAGAAGACUUGCAAGAAGAGGCCAUUCAAGCAGCCCAGGACGCCAUGACAAAGAGUAAAGUCGAGAAGGACGUCGCCGCUGCCAUCAAGAAGAAGUUCGAUGAUGAACACCAACCGACUUGGCAUUGCAUCGUCGGCCGCAAUUUCGGCAGCUACGUGACUCACGAGUCUAAGCACUUCAUCUAUUUCUACAUCGGCCAAAAAGCGUUUCUGCUCUUCAAGUCUGGAUAGAAAUCAAACCCUGAUCUUCAAGACUACGUUCUACAAACUCAUAUUUAUCAUCGAAACUUAGAAAGGUCUGAGAAUCAUGUGGAGUUUCAACGUCCAUAUAGCGACAUCGAUGUCAACAUGGUUCUUAAUGUCGGUACACGGUCAUCGAGCUUCAGUUACAUUCUAAGGCAGAAUCGACCCUAGUGAUGGUUAGAUCAAACUAGUAAAACAAAACUGUAAAUCAUUUUCCAGUACAAAUUUUCAGUCAUUUCUAUUUAAAGCUUGCAAACCAUUGUGCAAAAGACGACGUUGCAAAGAGUUGAUACCUUUUUUUUCUUUCGGAAUGUAAAAGUAAUAUGUUUCUUUUUAUUUCUGGAGAAGUUUAUAAAUAGGCCCUAAUGUUAAUUUGAUGACGGUGUCAUACGGUCUCCUUUAGUCUUUAAGCACUUUCAAUUUGUUAUAUUGUGCGUGUGCGGGCAAGCACUGAAUCCAA